AUGACAAGACAUAGCAAGAGUAAUACAAGGUUGUUCUUUUAUCUUGUGGUAAUAACUUGGUUUAUAUCUGCACUAACUUGGAUAAGCGUAAUACAAUUCCUCCCGAGUCAAACACAUUCUGUGAAUUUCUCCUCUACAAGCAACGACUGGGAACAAGCGGUUCCUGAAAAUAAGCUAGAGUUACCCUCAUUCAAAGAAGAUCCCAUAAUAAAAUUAUUACAGGCAGAUUUGCAAGAUCUGUCUAACCUAGAAACUGAGUUACAUUCUCUGGUAUACGACCAGAUAUUCAAGAAUCAUGAAAUAAGCAGUGUGCUAUCCAACCUUGAUUUCAAUCAAAGGUGUGAUUUGUACUUUCGCAAUUUAUAUGUGGCUGACCAAAACUGGAAAUUAGAUCCUGAUACACAGUUUAACAUAGACUACAACUUUGAGGAAUUUUUGGAAUUUAGACAUAAACACUACGAUGAAUUCAAACAAGAAUUUUAUGCUAACCGAGGUGGAAGAGAUGUUAAAGAGUUAGCCAACUUCAUUAGAGAAAAAUACAACAAAGCAAAAGAGAAUGAUCAUGUACAGACUAUAGUGGAGUAUCUUUCAACGUUGAGAAUCUUUAACAAAUGCUAUGUUACUAAUGACAACAGAACCCAAAUAGAGGCCACCAAAAGCUUUGUGAAUAGACAGAAAACACAAAUACUUGAAGCUCCUGCAUUUGUAGAGACCAAACGAGAAAGGAUGACUGAUUUUAAAUCAGUAGGAUUAAAUGCAUUUGAACAUAGAGUGUACCCUUGGUUAUCCUUUGAAUACCCAUUAUAUGAACAUUGGUCAGGAGCAACGUUUUUUGACCCACCUACUCUCAAAACAGGCCAGGGAUACUGGGGAAAAAGAUCAACUUCCAAGACCUAUUCGUCGUUCCUUAGUGAAUUCAAAAACAAAUGUAAUGGUAAGGGAUUAGUCUUAACCAUGCCAGAUUCGCAUGUAGAUACCGUGGUUAAUCUUAUUCACUUAUUACGGGCCCUCAAAAACACCCUUCCCAUUCAAAUUGUCAACUUUGAACCAUUAUCAUUCGAUACAAAACAGAAACUAGUAACUGCUGCCCAAUCUGAUUUCAUAACGUUACCUAAAUCAUACGAUAAAGUAGCUAAGCAUCUUGGUUCUGACUAUUUGGGGCCCGGAGGAUUGCCCAAGCAGGAGAUAUGGUUUGUUAGUGUUGCCAAUGCCAUUGAUCGCCACUAUAGAGACAAAUUCAAAUAUUUUGGAAAUAAAUUCUUGGCUACCAUAUUCAAUUCUUUUGAAGAGUUUAUUCUCAUUGAUGAUGAUACAGUCAUGUUGCAAUCACCAGAAUACUUUUUCAAUAUAAAGAAAUAUCAAGAAACUGGAGCAUUAAUGUUUCGGGACCGUACAUCCGCCUUCCGGAAACUGGAUGAUUGCGAGUUUCUUAAAAGGUUAGGACCAGCUACGAUUGAUUCAAUCAUGUUUGAUAUACCAAUAAUGACGGAUUAUAGUAUAUCAAGACCAUUCUUCGAUAAAUUGUAUCAUUACAUCGAGGCCGGGUUAGUUGUUCUUAAUAGAAACAUUCAUUUCAAUUCCAUGCUUGUUAUUCUGCAGAUUAAUUUCUUCUCACCAAUAUCCAGUAAAGUGUACGGAGACAAAGAAUUAUUCUUUCUUGGAUUUGCAUUCAAUGGUGACGAAAAUUAUUAUGUCAAUACCCUCGGAGCUGCAUCUGUAGGGAACUUAACGGAUCCCCAGGAAAGACUAGGUCCGGAUGAUAAGCCACUACGUUCUCAAGAAUUAUGUUCUUCUCACCCCGGGCAUAUCAGUGAUGAAGAUGGUCAUACUUUACUAUGGAUCAAUUCGGGAUUUGCAAAUUGUCAUUAUGCAGAUAUAGUAGAUUAUUCCAAGGAAAUAACCUUUAAUACCGGGUUGAAAUUCCUUCCUCAGGAUGAAGACUCAUUCAAAAAACACUAUCUGUCCCCAUUGAGGAUUCGUAAUGCUAUAAUCCCACCAUAUGAUGGAUCAAUUCAUGUCAAUGUGCUAGGCGAGCCAAUGAGAGGCUGGGAUCAACAUAAAUAUUGUCGAGGGUAUACAUGGUGUGCAUACGAUAUAGUCGGGGGAUUAUCUACUAUGGGAAAGGUUAAUAGGAUCCAAGGCUCAUUGAUUGAGUAUAAAGAAUGGGAACAGAAUUUGUUUGAUUAUUAUGCUGAUAUUUGGGUUGGAGAGGAAUAA